AUGUUUGUAUUUGAAGUCGUCACUCAUCCCGGACACUGCCAUUCCCUGAGCCAUGCUUGGCUACUUUGCCGACAUAGAGAGGAGCUCGCAGCGUUGUUCGAUCGCGCAAUUGGCAAUGUUUCAAUUGUAUCAGUGGAAGUAGAAGCAGAUACAAAAUACCCGAAAGGCGCAGCCCAAGUUGUUUUCAGUAACCGCGAAUCAUACAUAACUGCGAUUGCAACACAUCGUAUUGUGUUCCCUAGCAUCGAUAAAGAAAAGGAGAUGGAAAUCAAGCCGUAUUUGCUUGAUUCUGUUCCAUGCGAAUGUUGUAAUGGAAGAAGCACUCGGUAUUUAUGCCCAGAGGUCUGUUGUCUUCUGUACCUCUGCGAAACAUGCUGGAUCGAGACGCACCGACAGCGGCAACUUCUUUCGCACAAACCAAUGACGAAGGGACGGCAUUCGGCUCCUUUUGGCAACAUCUCGAACAGUGGUAUCUCGACGAACAAUCCGAACCAGCGUACUGGCCACCCGAAAGACAAGCAAACUUGCCACUGCAGUAAGUUUCCGCUUUAA